CGCCCGGGACCGCCGCCAGCUGCGCCGGCCGCGGGCACAGCCAUGGAGUGCAGAGACAAAGCUGCUGUUCCUCCACGGAAACUCGUCCAAGCUCGGCUGCCCUUCAAGCGCCUCAAUCCCGUGCCAAAGGACAAACUUGAUGUGGAUUCAGAGGUGAAAAGAGUCAAGAGCUCCCCGAGUGCUUUUGCUCCAAGCAAGGAUCCGUCCCUGGAUGCUGCAGGUGCCUCCCUGGACAAUGUGGAGAAUGACUGCCAGCUGGACUCAGACAGGAAUUUGCCUCCAAAACUUGUGAAUGGAAAGGGUCCCUUGGACCAUUUUAUCCAGAAAAACGCAGCAGGUGACACGAGUGACCCUGGGGAUGCUCCUGAGAGCUCUGGCCACGAACUGGGGGACAGCACAGAGCGGGGGGACGUGGAUUCCAGAGCUGCUGUCCCCAAUGGCACGAUAGGAGAAGAGCUGGAGCAGCUGGGCUGCCUGAACUCCUCCCAGAGCAGCCCCACGCAGACUGAGGGGCCCUGUGCAGCUGCAGCCCCACGGGAGGAUCCCGGGGCCGGGGCGGGCGGGAAGGACGAACUGAAGGAUGUGCUCUUUGAGGGGAAGGUGCCCGUGGUGCUGCUGGAGGACAUCAUGAGCCUGAAAUCGCCCCCAGUGGCCUCUCUGGAUGGCAGCAGCACGUCAGAGAACGAGGCCCUGGGCUCGUCCCACGAGGGGGACUCGGGGCUGUCCCACUCCUCGCUGAGCUCCGCGAGCUCGCCCGACGUGCAGCUGCUGGCAGAGGGCAAGAGGAGCACGAGUCCUCUGGCUGCCUCCACCCCUACCAGGAAGGUACCUCAGAAAUUCCACAGGAGUUCAGCAGAGAAGGAGAAGCUGAGAUUGCAAAGAGACCAGGAGCGGGCUGACAAGCUGCAGAGGCUGCAGGCAGAGAGGGAGCAGAAGGGCAGGAUGAAGGAAGAGGCCAAGGCUGCCAAAGAACGAGCCAAGGAGGAGGCCAAGAAGAGGAAAGAGGAAGAGAAGGAGUUGAAAGAGAGAGAAAGGAGGGAAAGGAAGGAGAAGGAGGAGAAGGAGAAGGCUGAGAAGCUGCGAGUGAAGGAGGAGAAGCGCAAGGAGAGGCAGGAGGCUCUGGAGGCAAAACUCGAGGAGAAGAGAAAGAAAGAAGAGGAGAAACGGUUAAAGGAGGAAGAAAAGCGCCUCCAUGCACAGAAGGCAGAGAUCACCAGGUUCUUCCAGAAACCAAAGACUCCCCAGGCCCCCAAGACCCUUGCUGGCUCCUGUGGGAAGUUUGCUCCUUUUGAGAUUAAGGAGAACAUGGUCUUAGCCCCCCUGAGCCGUGUUGCCCUGGAUCCAGACUACCUGGAGCAGCUGGACAAGCUCCUGCACGCCCAGAACGGGGAACUUUCCUUCCUGAGGGAUCUCAAAUGUCGCAAACCACGAAAAACUGGGCCCACCCUGGUCCAUGACAGCAGUGACAGCGUGAACAGUGACGUGGUGGUGGUGGACAGCUGCCAGGCAGAUGCUGUUCCUGAGAGGGAGAAGUUUGGCAGGAUGAAGCUGCUGCAGUUCUGUGAGAAUCACCGCCCUGCCUACUGGGGCACCUGGAACAAGAGGAGCUCCCUGAUCCACGGCAGGAACCCCUGGUCCAAGGACACUAAGCUGCUGGACUAUGAGGUUGACAGUGAUGAAGAGUGGGAAGAGGAGGAGCCAGGGGAAAGUCUCUCCCAUAGUGAAGAGGAUGAUGAAGAGGAGGGGGAGGAUGAAGAUGAGGACGAUGGGUUUUUUGUACCCCAUGGGUACCUAUCUGAGGAUGAAGGAGUGACAGAGGAGUGUGACCCAGAGAACCAGAAGGUUCGGCAGAAGCUGAAAGCCAAGGAGUGGGACGAGCUGAUAGCCAAGGGGAAGAGGUUCCACGUGCUGCAGCCUGUGAAGAUUGGCUGUGUGUGGGAAAGGGCAGCAGAGGAGAGCAGCACCAGCACGGAGCUGAAGGUGCUCCAGCAGUUCACAGCCUGUGUCCUGGAGCCUCCUGUGCCAGAGGAAGAGCAGCAGACACAGAAAUGCAGCAAAAAAAGAGCAAAAGAUCAGCAAAUCCUCGGGCACCUGCUGCCCCUGCUGCACGGGAACGUGCACGGGAGCAGGGUGAUCAUCCACGAGUUCCAGGAGUGCUGCAGGCAGGGCCGCUUCGAGGUGGAGGGCAGCCCCCCUGAGUGCCAGCCCCCGGGGGCAGGGGAGGACGGCGGGGUCCCCUCCAAGGCGCGGCUCAAGAGGCUGAUCUCGGAGAACUCGGUGUACGAGAAGCGGCCCGAGUUCCGCAUGUGCUGGUACGUGCACGCCGAGGUGCUGCGCAGCUUCGGCCGCCAGCAGCUGCCCGUGCCCUGCCGCUGGAGCUACCUCACCCAGGUGCCCUGCACGGGCAGGGAGGAGGGAGGGGGCACCGUGCCAGGCCCGGCUGUGCCCCAGCAAACCCCCCCUGCCGCCAAGAGGAGGGCGCUGGGCAGCAUGAACAUCACCCGCUUCAUCAGGAGAGCCGGGGACACAGGGCAGGCUGCAGAGAUGGAUGGGUUCCAGGCAGACACUGAGGAAGAUGAGGAAGAUGAUGACUGCAUGAUUGUGGAUGUACAGCCAGGAAAAGGUUCCACAGCUCCAGAAUCCAGUGGCUCAGGAGCUGCUGCCCAGGACAGCAGCAUGGUCAGCCCCUCUAAUCCCAUCUGACUCUUCAGUGCUACUAACUCCUCUGUAUGGAUGUAGAAUGAGCUAGAACAUUUUAAACCUCGUGUAUCUUUGGCCAAGAUACUUGAAAGUAUUCCACAUUUCUUGUAAAGAGAAGACAGCACUUUGUUCUGCUUCAGACCAGAUGGAAGCUUAAAUUUUUAGUUUUAGCUUUUUUAGCUUUUUUUUUUUUUAAAUACUGCAUAUUAAUCUGUCCUUAAUAAAGCAUUAUUGAAAUUUUGAUACUUCUUUGUAAUGGAAGGUAUCUAAGUUAUCUCUAAAAGCAGCUGAGGGAUUUUGGAAUAAGCUUUGUUGUGAUGCCACUGGGGAAUGACUGUUCAUAAUGUUGUACAGCGUGGCCUUGGGUAUAAAUGAUGUACAAUUAUAUAUGAAUUUAUGCUCUUGUACCAUC